AUGGCUUUCAACAACAGGAUCUCUUCAUUUGGCUCCACGGACAGUGGCUAUGAGAGUGGAAUUGUCGAGGUCUUCGGUGAACCUUCUUGCCCAGUCAUCAAGAACCCCGAGCAAGCGAAAGAGAUCGCAAGACAUCGGCAACACCUCAUGGCUUCUGAAUUAUCAAGACAAGACGCAGACGAAUACCAACAAGAUAUGCUUGAGCAUAUGCUGAAGAUGGCCGUUGAAACGACGCCCGAUGUCGAUGCAAUUGAUAUUCAGACAGAGAUUCAAUGGUUCAUGCGACCAUAUCUCCUCGACUUCCUCGUCGAAGCCCACUCAGCCUUUCAAUUACUUCCCGAGACCUUGUUUCUCACCAUCAACCUUCUCGACCGCUACUGUUCCAAGAGAGUCGUUUACAAACGUCAUUACCAACUGGUUGGUUGCGCUGCCCUCCUUAUUGCCGCCAAGUAUGGAGACAAGAAAGAGAAGGUUCCCACCAUCAAGGAGUUGAAGUCGAUGUGCUGUUCGCUCUACGACGAUGACAUGUUCUUGCAAAUGGAAUGGCAUGUUUUGUCCACCCUGGGCUGGGCCAUUGGUCAUCCCACUGUCGACAGCUUCAUGCGUUUGGCAGUCAAGGACAAUGUCUACGAUCCGGAGACCGAGAGUCUGACUCUCUACAUUCUUGAAAUUGCCCUCUACCACCGAGAUUUCGUGUCAAAGCAGUCCUCGACUCUUGCUCUCUCAGCUCUUGUCCUGGCACGACACAUUCUGGGCCGGCCUCAAGCGCGUGCCGCCGAAUUUGGCUCUCAUUUCUGCAGCACCACUGUCAUGGAACUGUUACAGAAAGUGCACGAACCCUCUAGCAUCUUGGCUCGCAAAUAUGCCUCGGUUCGUUAUUCUGGCGUUUCUCGCGUCCUGACCAACUUCCUUGCUCAGAAGGCUGCCAUGUCUGCUCCAGCGCGGACACCACUGACACCUACCUAUGAGCUCACUCCGCCCUCCACCACUGCUAAGCCGGCAGGACCAGAAUAUUUCCAAACACUCGCUACACCUCAGAAGCCUCAAUUCCCCUCUGUGGUUCAGCAUGGUCUCUACACACCUCCCAUCACCCCCGAAGGAGAAAUGUUCGGUGUGACUCAAAAGAUCUUCAGUGCACCAAACCAAUACGCCCCUCCCACUCCCACUCCUAAUACAGCGGGCCAACAAAUUAUCUCUCAAUACUCAUCCUCGAUUCAGCAGUGGAACGGCGAAACCUUUUAA